AUGGCGUCCGAUAAUGCAGGCGAACAUAACCCCGAAAUCACAGGGUAUGACUGUGCGCUCUGCGAGGAGCCAAACCAUGCGGACAGCCACAUGAUUUAUUGUGAAAAAUGUCACAAGUGGUUCCACUUUAAGUGCGUGAACGUGACCGAGGAAGUUAGAAACAUCUCCUGGACCUGCGAAGAAUGUCGAGGUUCCAAAAACUCGGUUGACGAAACGCAAACACCUGAUCAGGGUAACAUCAUCGUGGAUGUGUCUGAUUCGGUGGACAACAGACCGCAAAGCCCAGUUAGUCAGGAAGUCGCCAUGAAACAUAUGGGACAAGCCAAAGUGCAGGAGGACGCUGAAUUGCAACACAAGCGAGAGUUGCAACAAAUGAAAGCGGAUUUCGAACGACAGUGUGAGAGGGAAACGGAAAAAAUGAUGUUGCAGCUUCACCUGGAAAGACAACUGCUGAAAAAGAAGAUGGCGGUUGAAGCAGAGUUGAAUAGGAAGCGAGGUGAAUUAUAUAACGAAUUUCAAUGCAGAAAUGCUCCUCAGAAACCGGAGGAAGGUGCCGUAGGCGGCCAGAUGCAAACGGAUGCAGAUUUGGAAGAAAUGUGGAGGAGCAACUUCAAUUACCCGAUCGAGCAAAACAAACCUAUUGCCGAUAUCCGGGGAGCUGUUCCAAAAUGUUCCACACCCAAAAAGGUACCGCACCUGGGAAACGUCAACUACAAUCGACCCCUGCUCGAAAAGGUUUCGGAGGAAAAUGCAAUGCUAAGAAAAAAUCGAUCAAAUGCCACAGUAGAUAGGCCACCUAUGCCGCCGCAACCGAUUCCCCAAUCAGCAGUUCCACCUAACGACCUGGAACAAAUUCCGGAACCCAUUCCAGAUCCAACUCCGGGUAUGUCAUGUCCUCCGAGUCCGUACGAAUAUCUGACUAUACUGCAAGAAGAACCAGAGCUGACGAGGGCUCAGAUUGCCGCGAGGAAGGGUCCAUUCGCUAAGUUGCCGAUAUUCACAGGGAAGUCGGAAGAGUGGCCGCUGUUCAUCAGCAGCUUCAACAACGGAAACAGUGCGUGCAACUGGACCAAUCUUGAAAAUCUAGGAAGACUUCAGGAAAGUAUCAAAGGGCAAGCAUUGGAGGCAGUGAGGAGCAGACUUCUGCUGCCAGAAUCGGUCCCAAAGGUGAUCGAAACUCUCCGGCUGCUUUACGGCAGGCCAGAACAACUACUCCAUUCCCUGAUACAAAAGGCGAGAAAGGCUGAUCCGCCACGUAUUGAACGUUUCGCAUCGUUCAUUAGUUAUGGCAUGGUUGUGCAACAACUAUGUGAUCAUUUAGUGGCCUCGGGACUAGUGGACCAUCUUGUGAACCCUAUGCUCAUAGCGGAAUUGGUGGAAAAGUUACCCCCUAGUACAAAACUCGAAUGGGUGAGGUACAAGCGCCAACAAGAUGUUGUCAAUUUGAGCACGCUUUCGGAUUUUCUCUCGGAGAUUGUUUCAGAAGCAACUGAAGCCACACUCUACACUGAGCUUCAAAUGGAACGACGUCCUAUCCAGGAACGGCAGAUAAAAAAGCUGAAAGGUAGAGAACACCAGGGUUUUCUGAACACACACCACGUUGAGCAGUCGUCGCUCCAGCUAGUGGGCCAACAAAAAAACCCCAAUCAGUACGAUAGUCGUAAACCAUGCCGUGGGUGCAACCGCACAGACCAUCGUAUUCGCCUUUGUGAGGAUUUUCGAAAGCAAACCUGGAAUGAGAGAAUGAAGAUUGCGGACAAAUGGAAACUGUGUCAACUGUGUCUCAACGAGCACGGUCAGAUUCGUUGUCGGUUCAAAGGUCACUGCAACGUCGGAGAUUGCAAAGAACGGCACCAUCCUCUCCUUCAUCCGCCAAAUUCAACCUUCUUAUUGUCAACGAACUGCAAUGUACAUAAUUCGGAUCAGCAUCCUGUAAUUUUCCGCGUGGUUCCGAUCAAGCUGCACAACGGAAGGCAUGUUCUCGACGUCAUCGCCUUUCUGGACGAAGGGUCAUCAUAUUCCCUGAUGGAAAGCAGUGUUGCAGAACAAAUUAAGCUAUGCGGUGUGUGGAAGCCGAUACUGGUAAAGUGGACGGCAGGUAUGAACCGAUUGGAACGGGACUCAAAGUGUGUUGAUGUAUCGAUUUCGGCAAAGGAUUGCGAAGAGAAGUUUCUGCUACGAAAUGUUCAUACGGUUCAACAGUUACAACUUCCGGAGCAGGAGGUGCGAUUCGCUGAAAUAACGGCCAGAUUCAAGCAUCUUAGCGGACUGCCAAUUACCGAAUGCCUGAACGGUCCUCCUAGGAUUCUCAUCGGGCUUAAACAUCUGCAUGUGUAUGCACCGCUCGAGUCACGCAUCGGCAAUCCGGGUGAGCCAAUUGCAGUUCGGACGAAACUUGGCUGGACAAUAUACGGUCCUCAGUGUAGCGACGAUACGAUGGUCGGAUUUGCUGGUCAUCACAUAGUUGGAGAAUCAAAGGACCAGGGACUGCAGGAGCUUCUUCGAAAAUACUUCACGGUGGAGGAGUCUGGUCUAGCUGUCACGGUGUUACCUGAAUCUACCGAGAACAUCAGAGCCAGAAAGCUAUUAGAGCAAACAACCACCCGUGUCGGCGAGCGCUUCGAAACGGGAUUGUUAUGGAAAAAUGACGACCCUCAACUGCCAGACAAUUACGCGAUGGCAGUUAAGCGAAUGCAGAGUCUGGAGCGAAAGUUGUCAAAGAAUCCGGAGCUGCGACAGAACGUGGAGAGUCAAAUAAAGGACUACCAAAACAAAGGUUACGCUCACAUUGCUACUGAAAAGGAAUUGAUGACAGCAGAACCCGGUAAGGUGUGGUACCUUCCCCUAAAUGUUGUGCUCAACCCCAAAAAGCCGGGAAAGGUUCGGCUAGUAUGGGACGCUGCGGCAUCCGUUCAAGGCAAGUCUCUCAACUCCGAAUUGAUAAAGGGUCCCGACCUUCUCUCCAGUUUACCAUCGGUACUGUGUCCAUUUCGAGAGCGCCCAAUCGCUUUUGGCGGCGAUAUUGCCGAAAUGUACCAUCAGCUGCAGAUCCGUCCGAAUGACAGGUCAGCCCAAAGGUUCUUGUUUCGACCAACGCAAUCGGGCCCUCCGGUGAUAUAUGUGAUGGAUGUUGCCACCUUCGGCUCAACCAGCUCGCCAUGCUCUGCACAAUAUAUUAAGAACCAAAACGCGCGAGAGUUCACUGACCAGUUUCCUGAUGCUGUGGAGGCAAUCAUCCACAGGCACUAUGUUGAUGAUUACCUGGAUUCAACGUUCACGGUCGGUGAGGCCAUUAAGCGGGCGAGCGAGGUUACUUUCAUUCACUCCAAGGCGGGAUUUAAGCUUCGCAAUUGGGUGUCGAACAGUACAAAAUUUUUGCAGCAUUUCGGUGGACAAACAGAAAGCCGAAUAAUCCACUUCGGUUGCGAUAAAUCUAACAACACAGAAAGGGUGUUGGGCAUGUCAUGGAACACAGUUGACGAUGUUUUCGUUUUCGCUACCGUUCUUCGGGACGACCUGCAAGCGUUUUUGACGGGGGGAAAGCUGCCGACUAAAAGAACUCUCCUACGCAUUGUGAUGAGCUUUUUUGAUCCACUUGGCUUAUGGGCACUGUUCACUGUUUUUGGAAAGAUUAUCAUCCAAGACCUCUGGAGAAAUGGGUGCCCGUGGGAUGAAUUACUGGACGAAAACUCAGCAAGAAAAUGGAUCAAAUGGAUCGCACUGCUACCAAAAGUUCAAUCCAUGGAGAUUCCCCGUUGUUACUUUCUGGGUUUGAAACCGUCAGAUCAUCAGAACCUCGAAUUGCACGUUUUUGCCGACGCUAGUGAAGAGGCCUAUGGUAGUGUAGCAUAUUUCCGAAUAUGGGUAAAUGGACACCCAAGAGUUGCCCUGGUGUCGGCGAAGUCCAAGGUUGCCCCACUUCAAUACAUGUCCAUCCCUAGAAUGGAACUACUAGCUGCAGUACUCGCUGCAAGAUUGUCUGUUGCUGUGAAGGCCAAUCACUCAGUGAAGGUAAAACGGCUCGUGAUCCACAUCGACUCUGCAACGGUACUUUCCUGGAUCCGCUCGGACCACAGGAAGUACAAACAGUUCGUGGCCUACCGCAUAGGAGAAAUUUUAAGCCUCACGAGUCCCAUCGAAUGGUGCUGGGUUGCAUCAAAGAACAACAUAGCAGACGUGUUAACGAAGUGGGGUAAAAAUGGACCACCCUUAAUCACCGACGGCGAGUGGGUGCGAGGCCCGGAUAUUCUGUACCAAUCACCAGAAGAGUGCUGGCAAAAGGAACUGCCCGCACCAGACGUGAAAGAAGAGCUGCGGGCGUACCUUUUGUUUCACGAAAUAUCAUUCGCUCAAUGUUUGGUGGACACUACUCGCUUCUCGCGUUGGAAGAUCCUGAUAAGAACUGUUGCCUGUGUAUUCCGGUUUAUUUCCAAUUGCCACAAGAAGAUAAAGAAGCUGCCAAUCGAAUCGCUUCAAGCUACAGUGAUACAAGGAAAAUUGCUGAAAUCUACGGUGCCGUCAAUCAAAACUCCUCUCAAGUGCGAGGAGUAUCGUCAGGCAGAGGAUUACUUGUGGAAAAUAGCGCAGCAAGAAGGAUUUGCGGAUGAAAGGAAAACGUUACUGAAAAACCGUGAACUUCCGCAAGCUAAGUGGCAUGUCAUCGAACGAUGCAGUCCACUCUACAGAUUAUCGCCCUUUUUAGAUGAAUCGGGAGUAAUCCGCAUGGAGGGGCGAUCCGCACAUGCUGAUUUUCUCCCCUUUGAGCAGCGGUGCCCCAUCGUACUUCCGAAGAGUCACGAUGUCACUACCAAACUCCUUCUUCACUAUCAUGAAAAGUUUGGCCACGCAAACCGCGAGACCGUUGUGAACGAGUUGAGGCAACGCUUCUCUAUCCCGUACAUUCGGGCUGCAGUUUUGAAGGUGAUGAAGGAUUGUGCUUGGUGUAAAAUCCACAAGUGUCAUCCAACUGUCCCAAGGAUGGCACCUCUACCAAUUCAGCGUCUCACUCCUCAGCAUCGCCCGUUCAGUUUUGUAGGGGUUGAUUAUUUCGGUCCAGUCGUCGUCACGGUCGGAAGACGUUCAGAGAAGAGAUGGAUUUGUCUAUUUACGUGUCUGGUAACCAGAGCAAUCCAUAUGGAAAUCACCUAUAGUAUGAGUAGCCAAUCAUGCGUCAUGGCAAUUAGACGAUUUAUUUGCAGAAGAGGUGCACCAUUGGAGUACUUCUCGGACAAUGGUACGAACUUUCGAGCGGCAAGCAAGGAGCUGGUUCAGAAGGUUCGUUGCAUCGAGCUGGAUUGUGCCGACGUGUUCACAGACGCCAGGACAAGGUGGAAUUUUAAUCCGCCUGCAGCGCCGCAUAUGGGCGGUAUAUGGGAGCGACUGGUAAGAUCAGCUAAGGAUGCGCUCAAGGCUCUACACGAUGGUGGAAAGUUAACAGACGAAAUCCUGCUCACUGUACUAGCCGAAGCUGAAGAUAUGGUGAACUCCCGGCCGCUCACAUAUGUACCACAAGAAUCGUCUGAAGUCGAAGCCCUGACACCGAACCACUUCUUGCGCGGUCUUCCUGCUGAAGAACGUGAGGAGAUAAACGUUCCGACCAGCUCAGCCGAAGCGUUACGCGAUAACUAUAAGCGGUCGCAGCAAUUGUCGGAUAUAUUAUGGCAGAGGUGGCUGAAGGAGUAUGUACCUAUCAUCAACCAUCGGACAAAAUGGCACGCGGAACGAGAAAAGAUUCACGAAGGAGAGCUAGUGUAUUUGGUCGACGGAAAUAAUCAGAGAACCUGGAUACGUGGUGUUGUAGAGAAGGUCAUCCCAGGUGUCGAUGGCAGAAUACGAAGAGCACUGGUGAGAACGUCGAAGGGCGUGUUUCGACGUGCAGUCGCCAAGCUUGCGGUUAUGGAGUUAAGAAGUAAAUCUGAUCAGAUCGCUAGUUCCGGACCAGAGUUACGAGGGGGGGAAUUGUUACCACCGCCACAUGAACACAACACCAGUGGGCCCACCUCCAGGCCUGCCGAAAAGCGAGAAACGAAGGAAACGUCAUGA